CGAACGAAACCCCACUAUAGCGCAUGCGUACAAGUACUGCUGUGACUUAAGUCAAAUGUCACGUAGAAUUUAAAUGGAUUUUUAAACAAAAUAAUUACACGACUUUAAAGCAUUGUUAUCUUUAGGACAACUGAAACUUAUUAGUUAUCGGAAUAGCACGUAAUCCGUAGUGUCGCUAGUCUUCUUGGCUUUGCAGAGACAUGUUUACAUCCCAGACCUCUUCCUUUCAGGAGUCCAUAGACGUGGAUGAAAGGGAUGCAGACUUCGACAACGAAGAGAUCGCCGGAUACAGCCAGAAAAUACAACAGAUUAACAGUUACUAUGCAAUAUAUUACUACCAAAACACAAGAUCUGAGGCUUCUGGAGAGAGUGUGGCCUGGAGCCAGAGGCGAUCAGACUCAACCACGAGUCAAGAUGACUUUAGUCUCACCCUGCUGGACGCCAGCUUGCCAUCCGAGGCGGAACCAGAGCUACGAAGCUACAUCUCCCGCAGGCUGAGCAAGGGCGCUUUACUGGGGGGUAUGGGUAACAUUGCCACUGUGGAACUAAGCAUCCCUGAGCAAGCGGUGGGCUGUUACUGCUGUCUCCUGGAGCAAGAGAAAUCUCCGGAACAGCCGGAGGCAGAUGGCAACAGCUGGGUGGUGUGUCUUCUCGGAGGAUCAGAGAAGGGCCUGAAUCUAUUCAGAAUUGAGCUGGACAAAUACGUCCAGGGUCUGCAGGGCGUUUUGACUCCAGAGAUGCAGAAUUUGGAGACAGAUGUCAGACCCUACCUGAACCAGUGGUAUGAAGAGUCAGUAAUGCACAUUCACAGGGUUGUUCAGCUGUUGCAGGCAAACGUCGGGUACCUUCUGCAUGCUGCUUUGAGUCACAAGCUUGUAGAGGUCACAGGGGCGGAUGAGAAGACAAAAGCAGAUGUAGCAAGAUUUAUCAAAGCAGCAAGCCUGCAGGGUCUAGUCCAGGAAGACACCACUACAGCCUCCCUCUGUAAGGCCAUUUCAGAGGACUCUAACACCAAUCUGAUCAUCAACUGCUCAACCAGCCCUCCCACAAUAACCAAUGAAGUCAGUAACCGGUUCUGUGAUGACUGGAUCCAGGCCUUCGUCAAUGCUGCUGAGCGCUUUAACCCUUUCCUCCUCCGUCAGAUCCUGGAGAACUUUAAACUUAAGGCCAUCCAAGACAUGAACAACCUGAAGCGCUUCAUCCGUCAGGCUGAAAUGAGCCAUUACGCUCUGUUCCGCUGCUGUCUGUUCUUGCAAAGCUGUGGAAAUGGGGACGUGCUGCUGCAGAACGCACGCGCCGAGCACAGCAGCCUUCCCGAGGCCUAUGGAAUCAUAAACGUGCUGGAGGAGUUCCUCGGUGAGCAGGCGCAGGGCACGCUGUACUGACACCUCGCCGCCUGCAGGGGGCCACAAAGUUUCAUACACUCACCUAUCUGAGUGGUCUGUAUUUUGGGCACUUGAAAACACUAAAUAUAGUCCAUCAUUUUGUGCGUGUUUAACAGCAAAGAUUGAAAAAGAUUUUGCUAUGAUGUGCUGCUGUAUGUUGAUGUGAGUGCUUAAAAUUAUAAAACUAAAUAGAUCCUAUAAAAUGGGCUAAUGAAAAAUACAUGUGAUUAAACUUUAUUUAAAUGAUUCUUAAUAAUGUGUAUAUAUUAACACAUAGUGUUUAAAUGUGACAACUGAUUCUAGGAUGUAGUCUCAGCUGUGUAGCAGUCAUUGCUUAAAAGAUGUGUGUGAGUGAUUUUAAAACAAUUGUUCAGUCGACAAUCCCAUAUGAAGCUAAUCACGUAAUGAAGAAGCUCUGCACAAGCUAAUAGCCUAUUAUCAUUCCAAUCCAUUUCAGUAGAAAAAUGACAGUGACCUGCAUUGCCUGGUUUAUCAUUUUAUUUUUUAGAUAAGUGCAUAAUUUUUAUAUUUUGAUAUUCCUUUUUGUUCUUGUUUGCUAUUUCACUAUUUUACCAGACAGAAAAAAACCUCUGAUAAUCAUAAAUUCAGAAAUCGGAUGUAAAUGUAAUGGUCAAAAAUAACAGGUUUGGAAAAAACAUAUACCUUAAAGGGUUAGUUCACCCAAAAAUGAAAAUUCUGUCAUUAAUUACUCACCCUCAUGUCGUUCUACACCCGUAAGACCUUCGUUCAUCUUCAGAACACAAAUUAAGAUAUUGUUUAUUGAAUCCGAUGGCUCAGUGAGGCCUCUAUUGCCAGCAAAGUCACCGAACUUCUCAAGAUCCAGGAAGCUACUAAAGACAUAUUUAAAACAGUUCAUGUGACUACAGUGGUUCAACCUUAAUAUUAUGAACCGACAAGAAUACUUUUUGUGCGCCAAAAAAACACAAAAUAACGACUUUUCAACAAUAUCUAGUGAUGGCCGAUUUCAAAACACUGCUUCAUGAAGCUUUACAAAUCUUGUGUUUUUUCGAAUCAGUUGUUCGGAGCACCAAAGUCAUGUGCUUUCAGCAGUUUGGCAGUUUGAUAUACACUCCAAACCACUGAUUCGAAACAAAAGAAUCGUAAAGCUUCGAAGCAGUGUUUUGAAAUCAGCCAUCACUAGAUAUUGUUGAAAAGUCAUUAUUUUGUUUUUUUGGUGCACAAAAAGUAUUCUUGUCGCUUACCACUGUAACUGUUUUAAAUAUGUUUUGAGUACCUUUCUGGAUCUUGAGAGGUUCGGUGACAUUGCUGUCAAUAGAGGCCUCACUGAGCCAUCGGAUUUCAUCAAAAAUAUCUUAAUUUGUGUUCUGAAGAUGAAUGAAGGUCUUACGGGUGUGGAACGGCAUGAGGGUGAGUAAUAAUGACAGAAUUUUCAUUUUUGGGUGAACUAACCCUUUAAACAUGAUGUAUAUGUUGUAAUAAGCUACAGCUGUAAGUGGCAAUAAUGUGUAUAAUUAUCAUAAUGUGUGGUUCCCCCUCUUGUUCAGAUUUGACAUGACUGUACUGUGAAUAAAUUGUUCCAGGAACAUUU